GUUUGGCCAUUCGUUGGCAUUCCUUGAAGAAAGAGUAAUGGCAGUGUAUUUUCCAGACCUUCCAGCGCCUCCAUGGCCUUCCCUAAAAAGAGACUCCGAGGUCUUGUUGCUGCCACCAUCACUCCAAUGACUGAGAAUGGAGAAAUCAACUUUCCUGUAAUUGGUCAGUAUGUGGAUUACCUGGUGAAAGAACAGGGAGUGAAGAACGUUUUCGUGAAUGGCACCACAGGAGAAGGCCUGUCCCUGAGUGUCUCUGAACGCCGCCAGGUCGCAGAGGAGUGGGUGACACAAGGGAGGAACAAGUUGGACCAGGUGUUGAUUCAUGUGGGAGCACUGAGCUUGAAAGAGUCACAAGAACUGGCCCAGCAUGCAGCAGAAAUCGGAGCUGAUGGCAUUGCUGUCAUUGCACCUUUCUUCUUCAAGUCACUGAACAAAGAUGCCCUGAUAAGUUUCCUGAGGGAGGUGGCUGCCGCAGCCCCUGCUUUGCCAUUUUAUUACUAUCACAUUCCUUCACUGACCGGAGUAAAGAUCCGAGCUGAGGAGCUGCUGGUCGGCAUGCGGGAUAAAAUCCCCACCUUUCAAGGACUGAAGUUCAGUGACACCGACCUCUUAGACUUCGGGCAGUGUGUCGAUCAGAAUCACCAGCGACAGUUUGAUCUGCUGUUUGGGGUGGAUGAGCAACUGUUGAGUGCUCUGGUCAUGGGAGCAACUGGAGCAGUAGGCAGUACCUAUAACUACCUGGGAAAAAAGACAAACCAGAUUUUGGAGGCUUUUGAACAGAAAGACUUCACUUCAGCACUCAAUUCCCAGUUUUGUAUCCAGAGAUUUAUCAACUAUGUGACCAAGCUAGGUUUUGGAGUGUCACAGACCAAAGCCAUCAUGACGUUGGUCUCUGGGAUUCCAAUGGGCCCACCCCGGCUUCCUCUGCAGAAAGCCACCCAGGAGUUCACUGCUAACGCUGAGGCCAAGCUGAAGAGCCUGAAUUUCCUUUCUUCCCCUGCUAUAAAGGAUGGGAGCUUGAGAGCCGGCAGCUAGUGCCCGCUAGGUCUGGGGAUAAGCUGAGACCUCAUCCAUCUUCCAUAGUACAUUCUUUUCUCAGGGACUUUUUAGAUGACUUUGAACUAAGCUUUCUUUUAGCAAAUGGAAUCCAACACCAAUCAAGAAACAGUUAAAUAUCAAUUGUGAACCUAAAACUUUUUUGUUAUAAAGGAGUCAUAAGCUGUAAGUCAUUCAUUUUACAAAAUUAUUAUAAAGAAAUCUCUGCUUAUGCAGAUGCAGUGGGAACAAGUGACAAUUGUAAUAACAAUUACAAUGAUUAAUUAAUUACAUUAAUUAGGGUAAUUAAUACUAUUAUAUUAAAAAUACUGUAUUAAUUAUAUUAUUGAUUAAUAUAUUUCAUCUGCCUUUUGGGAACACUCACUGUCCUAAUCUUAU